GGGUCAUGGAGUCGUCGAGCAGAUAGCUCCGCCUGCCGAGGAGGAUGCCGGGAAAGAGCUGGCCUCGGGCCUCCACGCGCGCGUUUGCAUCAGAACACACUCUGGUGGGCGAAAUAGAGAGGCCACGUCAGGACAGUGCCCGCCUGGCUCAAGACCACGCCUGCCUCUGGUUCGGAAAAGAGCCCGUCCUGCGCUCGGCUGCCUCCUCGCCCUCAGGUCGGGGACCAGACCCCGCCCCCAGCUGCCCCUGCUGCCGGCGAAGGUGCUGGCGCCCUUCCCUGUGACCCCCAGCUGCCCCUGCUUGCACACAGCCGUCGCUACCUCUAAUUAAGGCCAGGACCGGCCCGGGGUAAACACAGCGUACAGUCUGGUACAGCCCGCCCUGUCUGCGCUGCAUCGCAGUUACGUGUCCCCCGGUGCGCGGGGUCACCCAGGUCAGUCCGUGCAGGUGAUGUGGCCGUCCACUGCUCUGUGACGCCGCCUGCUGCCGGCUGUCUGCUCUGCCCCCGCCCACUUCUGCUCUUGGCCCCCCCCCCGUAGGGCCCUACUGUCCUCCUCAGGGGGUCCUGGGCCUUUGAGAAAAGGUUCGGCUGGCAGUGAGGGAGCGUUGAAGAGAGCUCUGGGCGCAGAGGAGGGCGGGCCAGAGUGCGUCCAGGCAGAGCGCAGCCGAGGUCUGGGAGGCACAGGACCUGGGGCGGGCCGUGGCGCUGCCACUUGUUCCCUCCCUCUGGCCCCCCGGCUCCUGCAGAAGUGCCUCCAGAUGUGCCCGCGGCCCGCCUGCCCCUGCAGCAUGGCCAUGGCCCUCCCCCCUGCCCAGGGCUGAGUCUGCUGUUGGCCUAGGGGGUUAGGAGGUGGUGUGGUGCCCAGGGUGCCCAGGUGGGUGACAGCAGAGGCGCCUCUGGGGCCCUGGCCUGGCGUUUCUGCGGUGACCUUGGUGCAGAGGCUUGGCAGGGUGUAGAAGCUGCCCUGUCAGCUCAGCCAGCCCUCCAGGGAGAGAGUGAGUGUGUACAGGGUGCCCAGCGCCCCCUGUGCACCUGGCGUGGCACUGAGGCCGCCGGCCGCUGUGCGAGGGGCUGGGUGUGGCUGCCGGCUUUGCCUGCAGCUCUCCAUCUCCACCCUUACCCCCCGCGAGCACGGAGAACGUGGCCUCUCCACGCCCCGACUCCAGGAAGCAGGGCGCCCCGUGGUCCAUUUCCACACUGCAGCAGCCAUGGGGUCCUGGCAGCUGCACCCCCUGCCCCAGCGCCGCUCCGAGCCUGAGGAUGGUGGCCCUGGAGUCAGCCGCCCGCGUAGCCCCAGGCCCCCUAUGCUUCUGCCGGCUUCUGUCUGCCGGCGGUGCCCAGCGCCUGGGGGUUGUGCUGGUCACCAAGUGGCGCCAUCGUGUGGCAAACCCUUGGGAUGCCAGCUGUAGCCUCCCACCCGCGGGUGCAUUCGGGAACCGGGUUCCCUUCACCCAAGCCGGCAGUGAGUGUUGGACGUGGCAGCUGGAACCUCGUUAGGCUGCGGGGCCUGAGCUGGGAGACAGGCUCACCCAGCCCUGGGGGGGUGCCGGGCAGCAGCGGGGUCCACGCUGCCUGCCGCAGACCCUGGCUCUGCCGUGAGGAUGGCUGAGUCGAAGCGCACAGACCGCGCCCACGGAGUCCGCCUGAGGCCCCAGGUGGGGGCGUCGUCCUCACGUACCGGUGCAGGCCGGUGGGAGCGAGGUCCCCAGAGGUGCUGCUGGGGCACCGUGGCACUUCCAGGAGGGGGGCCCUGGGGAGGGGCCCCCAGAAGGCGGAUGUGAGGACAGCGCGGGCGCGGACCCAGCCACGCUCUGCCUCCUGGCUCCACGCGGGCCCGCCACCUGCCAAGGAACCUUUGCCAAAGCCUGCGUCCUCCCAUCACCUCCUCCUGCCCAAGUAGCUUCGUCUCGGGUGUUUUGGGGGGAGGGGGGUAGCUGAUGAGUUCUUUGCUGGGAGCCCCUGGCCCCUACCAGCCUAGAACGGGAGAAGCUCACUCUGCACACUGGGGAGGGGUGGUAGGUAACGCCCAAGGCCCCCUGCUCGUACACUGCACUUGGGGAAUGGGACUGGGGUCUUCUGUCCUGGAGUUGAUUUUUUAGUAUUUAGCAUGCAUCGGGCCCUGUGAGCAGCAGGAUCAGGAUGUGAUUAAGAGCUGGGACCUAACAGUUAACAUUGACUGGUCCAGCCACGGUUCUAACCCCGUGCAGCCCCCGGGUCUCCAUUUUACGGAGCAGGAAGGGAGGUAGAAGUCAGCCACUACCAGCCUGUCCAGAGCCAGGCGAGGGGCCAGCUCCUCUGAUCCUCGGCCACACAGACCCCCCCGAGCCCUGCCCAGCGGGGCACCCCCCGUGCCCUGCUGCCUCUGGGUGCUGCGGUCCCGCACCUGGAGGGAGAGGCCCAGCAGGUCGCGCGUCUGUGGCUGUGGUGCCCACCCUCGCUGCCUGGCUUCUCAGUGUGCUCGCUCGCUCACGGCGCACACCAGGGCAAGCCCCAGUCCGCCUCUGCCGUGGCGGCGUCAGCCCCGGGGCUCUGAGGUGCGCGGGCACCUGGUCCCCGCUGCCCCCGAGGCUUGCCUGGUGACACAGGCAGCUGUGUCCCUGCCACAGUCUGAGUCCCCCUCUGGAAGGGAGGGGCAGGACAGGGCGGUGAGUUCUGACCCUGAGAUGCUCAGGCGGCUCCCCUGGGUUCUGUGUUAGGAGGUCUCGGGGUUUGAUUGCUGGCCGGGUGGCAGGCGGAGGCCAGCGCAGGGCGGGCCUGGGCCUCAGGCUGGACAGCUACUCUGAGCAGCCACAGGUUUGAGCCCUGGGAGGGGUCUCCUGGCAGUGGGCGGGCUGAUGCCACCCCCACUUUGUGCAGAGGGGCACAGUGAACCCGAGGGGUCCUGGCAGAGCCUGGGGGGACCCCCAGCACAGCAGAACCCUCAGCAAAGGGGCCCAGCUCCUCUCAGCCCUCCAGGUCACGCAGGCCCCUUCUGUUGGGAGCUGUUUUCUAGAGGCAGGGUGGUUGCGGCCCGAGUGGGGGGUGGGAGAUCAGCUCCUUGCCCCAGCGUCCCCCUCUGCCACCCACCUGCCGCCUUCAUGAGCCUUGGAAAUUUUCUCCAACAUAGGGACCCCAGCCCCCCCCCCCCCAGGAGACACAGCAAGGUCAGCAGGGCAUUCUGCCCUCGUCCCAGACCUGCAGUCCACCAGCAGGGAGCCUCCAAAGGGAGGCCCAGGUCCAGUGACUGCCCCCUGGCUGCCGGAGCUGGAAGGCAGAGCAACAGACAAAAAGAGAUCUUCCAUCCGCUGGAUUGCUGCCAGACUGGAACUCCAUCCGGCUCUCCCGUGAGCCCAAGCACUGGAACCCUCACCCGCUGCCUCCCCAGGUGCUUGAGCAGGGAGCUGGAUCCACAGCAGGGCAGUCGGGACUGGAACGGGCGCUCCGAUGGGGCAUGCGGGUGUCCCAGGCGGUGGUUCAACUCGCUGUGCCACCACGCCUGGCCUUCUCCACUCUCUCUCGGCCGUCUGCCCGGCCCGUCAGGGAAUCGGCUUCCUUCCUGUGGCCUCCAAGCGUCAGGGAAGCUCCAGUCUCCGGGCCCCCAGAUCUGGGUCUCGUGGCAGCUUCUGCAUCCACCACCCAGGCGGUGCCCUGGCUCCCGGCACCCCCAGCCCCAUUCUGCACCCUGUGCCCAAUCCUAUGGCGCAGACUGCGCUCCAACCUGCACCCACUUCCCUGCACCAAGAUGCAGCCCGCCCGCCCCGAUCCAAGUCCACUCGAGCCCUCGGACGGCCCCUGUGCCCCCACCCCAGCCUGGGGGUCCUUUAAUCUUCAAACCACUGGUGACCCUUGACUCCACAGGUGGGAGUUUGCUUUGGGACAGGCAUGAGGGCAUCAGAAUGGCUUUGGCCACCUCCUGCCUCCAGAGCCAAGCACAUGUUCUGUGUUCUGCCCUGGACAGAACCCUCGCCCUUCGGGGUGCCCACAUGCAGCCUGUCACCCACAGCCACCAGCGACACUCGGCGACCCUGACACACGGUUGCCCUCCCUCAGACACUCCACCCCCGGCUGUGUGUCCCACAUAGUCCUAGCACUCACACAGGUGCACCUGACUGGCCACACACAGACUCAGCCAACAGCUCUCGGGCUUAGGCACCGGCAUCGCAAUCGUGGGCACCCCAGAAAUCUCUCCGCUGCACACGUCCCUACUCAGCAGACACCCCCGGCUUCUGCCCCGAGACUCGCUCUAGGCCAGGGAGUGGAACCCCCAGCCCCUCCCCUCCCGACACUGUGAACCCCCUCCGUUUGCCCUCUCCCCACGCCACUCCCACUCUGCUUCCCCACCCUCCCCAGAGCCGGCCGAUCCCCCCACUCCCUGCCGCCCCUCCCAGGCAGUGGGGCUGGCCUGGGUGGCCUGCUCUCCCCCACCUAACUCAUUGCCGGGGUGCCACUGUGCCAAUCGCAGGUGCCGGCUAACUGCCUCU